AUGAUUGAUUUACACAACUACCUCAAACAUGAUGGAGGAAGAGGAAGGAAAACUGGUAUGGCUUUAUUAGUAAAUAAAAUUCCAAAUUUAACGAUUAUAGAUGUCGAUAUCAAUAAAUCAUACAAUGAUGAACUUAAAGAAACAGUUAGAAAAGACAUUUUAUCAAAACUUUCGGAUAAAGAUGUUAUCGUUAAAACCGCUUCUGGAGGUCUUCACAUUUAUUGCAACACUAAUUUCUUCUAUGCAGUUUCGAACAGAAUGAUUAAAUGCUAUUCCUGCAAUGAUUAUGAUAUUGAUAUCAUGACUUCUAUGGAUGAUUCAAAGCGUUCAUUAGUAGUUAUGGCUGAUUCAAGAGUUCGCAAGAAUGCAACAGAACCAAUCAAUACAUACUCAUUCAUUCGUGGAAGUUACGAUUCAACAUUAACCAGAACAGUGAAUGAUAUAUUAAAUGAUUUGAAUAUUAAGGUAAAAGUUGAACAGAAGAAUGAAGAAAUAAAGACUAUCAUGAAUGAAAACAAAGAUGUAAACAUUGACGAUAAACUUGCCCAGAGCAUAGUUGAUGGCAUCUGUGAUUUUGAAGUACAUAAUGACGGUGGAAACAUGAAUUUAGAAAAAGAAAUAACAUUAUUCACACUGUUUCAAGCAAUUAAUUCGUUACCUAAUCAUUUAAUUAAUGAAGCAUACGAUAACGUUUAUAACUUCUGCAGUUUAACAGAAAAUGCUAAAAGUAAUUUUGAAAAAGCACGUUGUAGAUAUGCAUAUUUAAUGACUUCUCCAUUUGUUUUGGUGAAGAUUCUAAAACUAUAUCAAAAGGAAUAUUAUGAUGAAUAUGUUUUACCUUUAUUACGUAAGCCAAAAAUAACAUUUGAUAUCAAACUUGACGACUCGUUUUUGAUAACGGAUAUUAGACGCAAGGCUGAAAAUCAACAGUAUAAAAACAGUUCUGAAGUAAUUGAGGAUUUAUCACGUGUAAUCCGUUUUGUAGAUUGUGGAAACAAAUAUUUCAUUCAAAAGGACUAUAAUAUCCACGAUAAAAUGAAUCAAAUAUCAUUCGUUCUUCAAUCAAACAUGAAA